AUGGUGACAGCCAUCGUGUUGCACAGUGUCUUCUUCCUCUCAGGUUCUUCUGCUGCUUGUUCUGAGGAUUCAGCUCUAUUCAUCACUGCACCAAAAGAGAUGGAAGCACUGACUGGAUCUUGUUUGCAAAUUCCAUGUAACUUCAGCGUUAAAUCAGGAGAGAAAAUCAACAGCGCAACAACAACCUUUGGAGGGUGGAUGAAAAAUAGAAAUGAUGUGAUUUUCAACAGUAGCGGGACAGUUACCACAUAUCCCAUGAAUUUUACUGGAGACUUGAGUCGGAAAAACUGCACCACUUUAUUUUCCAGUUUAAACACAACAUACACACACACAUACUACUUCAGGGUUGUGAACUGGCCAUUUUGAGCAACAGCUGUUUGUGAUCCUUCUAAAAUAACAGUUAAAGAUUCUCCUCCAAAGCCCAGGAUUGAGAUCUCAGGUGAUGUGAAGGAGAAGGAGUCUGUCUCUAUAAGCUGCUUAGCUUCCACUCCCUGUCCACACUCUCCUCAACUCACCUGGAACCUCCAACCAGACUCUCACCACAUGAUGGAGGAAAACACAGAUCGAACCUUCACAACUAGAAUCCAGAAGAGCAUCACUCUGUCACAUGAACAUGAUGGAUUCAUCAUCAGCUGUUCUGCCAGAUAUCCUGUGAAUGAAGGAAAAGAUGUAAAGACGUCAGAGGAGAGAAAGACUCUCAAUGUUUCAUAUGCUCCCAAGAACACCUCAGCGUCCAUCAGUCCAUCAGGUUGGGUGUCAGCAGGUAGCCGGGUGAACCUGACCUGCUCCAGCAGAGCCAAACCUCCUGUGAGCCGCUUCACCUGGUUCAAGACCAGCAGAGAUGCACCAAUCAAAGUAUCUGAAGGAGACUUUUACAGCUUCAAUGUCACUGAUGGAGGAGUUUAUUACUGUGUGGCCACCAAUCAGCUUGGUGAUCAAACAUCAUCAGAGAUCCAUCUGACUAUAGGAGGUGACGUUAAUUAUCCACUAUUGGGUGCAGUUCUUGGAGGAAUCAUUGGGAUCAUCGUGCUCAUCGGCCUGGUUGUCUUUGUUUGGCGUUUGAAGUCUCCACAUCCAACUGGACAUCAGAGUCAAAAUCGACCUGUUGAAGAGACAGUGACAACAGAAGAAGGCGUCCACUAUGGAGAGAUUAACUUCUCAAGGCUCGGAUCUGGACAGUCCUCUGUCUUGGAGCAGGACGGUGGACAGCAGGAGGACACGCUGUAUGCGCAGGUCAAAGUGUCCAAGGCAGCAGACAAUGUCACACAGACUGCAGACGUCCCAGAGGAUCUCUACGCUCAAGUGAAGACAAAAUGAGCCUUUUCUUGUGGUCACAUUUUGGUUGGAUUCUUAAUAUACUUAAUAUAACAAGCUUCAUCCGUCAAUUUAUGUGGAAAAUGUCUUUACUUCUCACAGCUCAGAUAUUUUUAACAAUUCUUUGAUACUUUUCACACCCUGAGGUUUGUGUUUUUUAGAACAGCACUUAAAAGUCCCACGGCUCGAAAUAGAGAAGUAUUCUAAAAGACGGCGCUCUUUAUAUAUCAACAUGUGCUAUAAGAUUUGAACCUUUUUUAUGUUUGUGGAAUUGUUUUUUUACGUUGUAUUUCUUUAGGCUUUUUUAAACCGAAUUUAUUUUAAAUCUUUUGCAUCAACCACAUUUUAUUGUACUAUUUCUGCUUCUUCAAAGGACAAUUAUUUACUACAGGUAUGUAUUAAUUGCAAGGUAAUAAAAACCUUACACGACUUCA